UUUUCUUUUACUUUGUCUUGGCAUGGAGUUGUAGAGAGAAGAAGAAGAAGAAGAGAGACUCUGUACUUUUAAGAGCAGAGAAAACCGAAACUGUGAGCGAUAAUAAAAUAUAGAGAGAGAAAACAAAAAAAAUAGUUAGAGAUUUCAGAGCUUUCUCUCUCUUAUUAUCUCUGUAGUUAACCUCUAAACAGUCCAAAUUUUCACUCACAAGAAGAAGAAGAAGAGGAGAAGAGAGUCUCGUUACCAGAAAGCAAUGCCUGCAAUUCCCAUUACCCAAUGUCCCUUCUUCUCUUCACGGAUUUUGACGUUUCUUCUCACGCAUUAACAUAUAUAAAUAUAUUUUUAUACACUGAAAAACUUGAACGAGAAAAAGACGACCUUUCAUGUUAAGAUUCCGGCGGAGAAACAGAGGUUUCCGGUGGUUUCAGUUGUGAUUUAAAUGAUUGGUUUGUAUUGGAUAUUGAAGUGAAAAGUGAAAAGAGAAAAGAGAAUAGACAUAUUUUCUUGCUAUUGAAAUGCUGAGUUAUGCUUUAUGGAGUAUUACCUGUGUCAAAGUCGAGAUCUUGAAUCCUAAUGCAGUUUCCGGAAGAAAAAUCUGAUGACAGAGUGUUUGAUCCGCUUGAAACAAUGAACAAAUUUAUGGGUUUUGACCGAAUUUGCUAAUUCAUAAUCAGAGAAUGCAGAUUUGGGCUGAAUUGUGAAUAAAACAAACUUAAAGUAAGCUGAGUUUUUCUGUCGAUUUAGAGGCGUACUACAAUGGCGACGUGGGAACAUUUUGGGGAGAUUGCGAAUGUAGCCCAACUGGCCGGCUUCGAUGCCGUCCGGUUGAUUGCCAUGAUCGUCAAAGCUGCGAGCACAGCUCGAAUGCACAAGAAGAAUUGCAGGCAGUUUGCUCAGCAUAUUAAGUUGAUUGGUAACUUGCUUGAACAGCUCAAGAUCUCGGAGCUGAAGAGGUACCCAGAAACAAGGGAACCCUUAGAACAGCUUGAGGAUGCUCUCAGAAGGUCUUACAUUUUGGUCAAUAGCUGUCAGGACCGGAGUUACCUUUAUUUGCUCGCUAUGGGUUGGAACAUUGUUUAUCAGUUCAGGAAGGCUCAGAACGAAAUCGAUAGAUACUUGCGCCUUGUUCCUCUAAUUACCCUCGUUGAUAAUGCUCGAGUGAGGGAGAGACUUGAAUACAUUGAGAGAGAUCAAUGUGAAUACACAUUGGAUGAUGAAGACAGAAAGAUACAGGAUGUAAUUCUGCAACCAGAUCCCUUGGCAAAUAACCCUGCCGUGUUAAAGAAAACUCUUUCUUGCUCCUACCCUAACUUACCUUUUAAAGAAGCACUGAAGAAAGAAAACGAAAAGCUUCAACUUGAACUACAGAGGUCACAAGCAAACUAUGAUGUGAAUCAAUGUGAAGUGAUUCAGCGUUUGAUAAACGUUACAGAAACUGUUGCUGCACAUUCUCAUCCAGAGAAGAGUUCACCUGAAAAAAGUCACAAAAAAAUAGAGCGGAAUUAUUCAGAUGCCGAUAGUGAGAAGGAAGAAAACUAUCGCGUUACUUCCAGAAACACUUCUUCUGUUUCAUCUGGACACGAUCUUUUGUCAACUAGAGGCUCAUCGCGACAUGAAGAAUGGCAUACUGAUCUGCUUGGGUGUUGUGCAGAACCUUCCCUGUGUUUUAAGACCUUCUUUUACCCUUGUGGAGCUUUGUCAAAGAUUGCUACAGUAGCAACAAACAGGCACAUGUCUUCGGCAGAAGCAUGUAACGAGUUGAUGGCAUAUUCGUUGAUUUUGUCUUGCUGUUGCUAUACUUGCUGCAUUAGAAGGAAGCUUCGCAAAACAUUGAAUAUCACGGGAGGUUUCAUCGACGAUUUCCUUUCACAUUUCAUGUGUUGCUGCUGUGCUCUUGUUCAAGAAUUGCGAGAAGUAGAGAUGCGUGGUGUUUAUGGUCCUGAGAAAACAAAAACCAGCCCUCCCCCAUCACAAUACAUGGAAUCUUAAGUAAUAGACUCAAAAAAGUGCUAUUCAGCUAUUGUGAUAUACAUAUACCUCAAAGCCAUAUAUAUAUACACGUAAAUGGCUAGUUGCCACUUUUUUAUGUCAAACUUGUAAUGUGAUUUUCAUUUUCAUCAAUUUCACUACCUCAGAUGUAAAGUAGCUUCUGUGAAGUUCUUAGUUUGAGAACAUGGUGUAUUAUAUUAUAGACAUAUUUUUUAAUGAUAUAGUGUUGUUUGAGUUAA